CCCGAACACCCGCUCAGUGUGUGAACAAGCGUUGCCUCUGAAGGAUCUCUCCCCGGGCCACAUUGCUCUAUAGCCACAGCUGGAAACGUAUCACCGGAGAGCCGAGAGACAGUUCCUCCGGUUUAAUGAAACGCUGUGAAUGGAAUAACUGAGCAGGAACCGGAGACUACUUUCUCUCUUACACUUUUUUUUAUAAGACAUCGCUCAGGGAUAAUCUUUCUUGGAUACUGUUGGAUUUUCUUUCAAGGAUUUGGAUACUCUCUCUCUCUCUCUCUGUCUCAGGAAUAAGGAAUAAAAAAUAUUAUUUAAAGUUUAUAAGUGGACCUUCCUGACAUGUAUGGGUGUUAGUCUUUGAUCCUGUCAGAGUGGGACGUGUCUAGCAGGGGACCGAGGAGGGAGCAGUGCCAACUUGGAACAUGGUGCCUAAUAUUCACCUGGCAGUGCCCCUCCUGCCCAGAGGGGCGUUGCUGUUCCUGCUUCUACUCAGCUGCAUGGUGUGCUCCUCUCUAGCAGACAGCUUGCCAAGUUUUGUCAAAUCCCCGGAGGAUCAGACGGGCAUCUCAGGUGGAGUUGCGUCGUUUGUGUGCCAGGCCACCGGGGAGCCAAAACCAAGAAUCACCUGGAUGAAGAAAGGCAAGAAAGUCAGCUCCCAGCGCUUCGAGGUGAUUGAGUUUGACGAUGGCUCAGGCUCAGUAUUGCGGAUCCAGCCGCUGCGCACACACAGAGACGAAGCCAUUUACGAGUGCACGGCCACCAACAGUGCUGGCGAGAUCAACACCAGUGCCAAGCUCACAGUGCUUGAAGAGAACCAGAUCCCCCAUGGCUUCCCCACGAUCGAUAUGGGUCCUCAGCUGAAGGUGGUUGAAAGGACCAGAACGGCCACCAUGCUGUGUGCCGCCAGUGGAAACCCGGACCCGGAGAUCUCCUGGUUCAAGGACAUGCUUCCCGUGGAUAUCAGCAGCAGCAACGGCCGCAUAAAACAGCUUCGCUCAGGAGCUCUGCAAAUUGAGAACAGCGAGGAGUCCGACCAAGGGAAAUAUGAAUGUGUUGCCAUGAACAGCGCCGGGACCCGUUACUCCGCUCCUGCCAAUCUCUACGUACGAGUGCGACGAGUCCCGCCCAGAUUCUCCAUUCCACCCACCAACCAAGAGGUGAUGCCAGGGGGCAGUGUCAACCUCACGUGUGUGGCAGUGGGCUCGCCGAUGCCUUACGUCAAGUGGACCAUGGGACUGGUGGACCUCACCAAGGAGGAAGAGAUGCCACUCGGGCGGAACGUGUUGGAGGUCACCAACAUCCGCGAGUCGGCGAACUACACCUGCGUGGCCAUCUCCUCUCUGGGCAUGAUAGAAGCUACGGCUCAGGUCACAGUAAAAGCCUUGCCAAAGCCUCCUACCUCCCUGAUUGUGACCGAGACGACAGCCACCAGCGUGACGCUCACCUGGGACUCUGGAAACCCCGAGCCUGUGUCCUACUACAUGAUCCAGUACAGAGCCAAGUCCUCAGACAACGGCUUCCAGGAGGUGGAAGGUGUGGCAACCACCCGCUACAGCAUCGGUGGACUUAGCCCCUACUCCGAGUAUGAAUUCCGUGUCAUGGCUGUCAACAAUAUUGGCCGAGGGCCGCCCAGCGACCCCGUGGAGACGCGCACUGGUGAACAGGCCCCCUCCUCGCCGCCUCUGCAUGUCCAAGCGCGCAUGCUGAGUGCCAGCACAAUGCUGGUCCAAUGGGAGCCGCCCGAGGAGCCCAACGGGCAAAUCAGGGGCUACCGGGUCUACUACAGCUCGGACCUGACAGCUCCGCUCAGCGCCUGGCAGAAACACAACACAGACGACAGCAGCCUAACAACCAUCUCAAGUCUGACUCCUGACAUCACCUACAGCCUCAGGGUGCUGGGCUUCACCUCUGUAGGUGAUGGGCCACCUUCUGACAUCCUGCAGGUCAAAACCCAGCAGGGAGUCCCUGCACAGCCGUCCAGCUUUGAGGCCGAAGCCGAGCUGGAUAGCCGCAUCAUGCUAACAUGGCUGUGGCCCGUACAGGACCCCAUCACUAAGUAUGAGCUGCAGUACUGGGAGGCUGGCUCAGACAACAAGAUACAUGUGACCUUCAACCCAGCCGGCUCGUACGCUGUGGUUGGUCUAAAGCCAGACACCUUGUACCGCUUCUCUCUGGCUGCCCGUUCUGAGAUGGGUUUAGGUGUCUACACACAGCCCAUUGAGGCCCGCACAGCCCAGUCCACCCCAUCUGCCCCACCUCAGGAUGUGCAAUUGGUCAGCCUGAGCUCCACCAGCCUCAAGGUGAGUUGGGUGGCACCGCCCGCUGCGAGCCGCCACGGCGCUAUUGUGCGCUACACAGUCAGCUACCAGGCCCUGUCUGGAGAGGACACUGAGCGGCACGAGGGGCCGGGCAUCGGCGCAGACGCCACCAGCUAUGUGCUGGAGGCCCUAGAGAAGUGGACUGAGUAUCAGGUGUGGGUGAGGGCACACACUGACGUGGGUCCGGGCCCUGAGAGUGCCCCGGUGAGGAUGAAAACCAAAGAGGAUGUGCCAGGAGCUCCCCCCAGGAAACUUGAGGUGGAGGCUGUAAACUCCACUGCAAUCCGGGUCACCUGGAAGCCGCCCCUGCAGGGGAAGCAGCACGGCCAAAUCCGAGGCUACCAAGUCAUCUUCUCUCGGCUUGAAAACGGCGAACCGAGAGGCCAGCCGAACAUCAUGGACGUUGCUUUGCCGGAGGCGCAGGAGGCCAUCAUUGGCGGACUGCACUCUGAAACCACCUACUCUGUCACUGUGGCAGCGUACACCACCAAGGGUGACGGAGCUAGAAGCAAGGCUAAAGUCAUCACCACCACUGGAGCAGUCCCAGGAAAGCCGACCAUGAUGAUCAGCACCACCAUGGGCAACACAGCGCUGAUCCAGUGGCAGCCACCAAAGGAAAUGGUGGGCGAGCUGAUGGGCUACCAGCUGCAGUACAAGCGCACCGACGAGGAGACCUUCAUCUCACGUGAGCUGAAAAAGACCGACGACCAUUACACGGCCACCGGGCUGCACAAAGGCGCCACCUACGUGUUCCGUCUCAGCGCUCGUAACCGCGCCGGCAUCGGCGAGGCCUACGUGAAGGAGAUCAGCACCCCCGAGGACGUGCCUUCAGGCUUCCCAUUCAACCUGCGGGUCACGGGACUCACCCAGUCCAGCACCCAGCUGACCUGGGAGCCCCCGCUGAUGGCCGAAAGGAACGGCAAGAUCGUUCACUACAUGGUUGUGUACAGGGACAUCAACAGUCAACAGAACAGCACCAACCGCACGGCUGACACGCGCAUGACAAUCCAGGGCCUUAAUCCUGACACCACCUACGACAUCCGGGUGCAGGCAUACACCAGUAAGGGCGGGGGACCCCUCAGCCCCAGCAUUCAGAGCAGGACCAUGUCCAACGAUUUUCCCACCCUUAACUUCGGUGUCAAAGCUGUGAUGAAAACAUCAGUCCUCCUCACCUGGGAUUUGCCACCGAACUACAAAUCCCAAGUGCCUUUCAAGAUCUUAUACAACCAGCAAAGCGUGGAAGUGCAGGGAAACCUGAAGAGGAAGCUGAUCUUGCAGCUGCAGCCGGACACAGACUACUCCUUUGUGCUGAUAAGCAGGGGCAACAUUGCCGGGGGUCUGCAGCAGCAGGUGUCCAUCCGCACCGCCCCCGACCUGAUCAAGACCAAGCCCAGCACACAUCAGGCUCAGGGUGGCAAGAUGACCAUCAACCUGCCUCAGGUUCAGACCACAACACAUGUCAGGUGGUACUACAUCGUGGUGGUGCCGGUGUCCCAGUCAACACAACAGUGGAAGAAUCCAGACGAGAUGGACCUAGACGAGCUGCUCAGUUCAAGUGAAGGCCCUGUUCUGAGGCGAAGGCGCCACCUGGACUCCUCUAAGCCUUACAUAGCUGCCAAGUUGGCCUCCCUGCCGACCACGUUCACCCUGGGUGAUGAAAAGAGGUACAACGGCUUCUACAACAAGCCCCUGACCAGUCCGCAGGAGUACAAGUGCUUCGUCCUGGCCGUGCUCCGAUCCGAGGGGACAGACAGCGCUGCAAACUAUCUGACUUUUUCAGCCAGUCCUUACUCCGACCCGAUCCAGGGCACAACGAGCAUGGCCCAGGGGAUGGAGCAUCCCGAGAUGUUGUGGGUCAUGGGUCCGGUGCUGGCUGUGGUCCUCAUCAUCAUCAUCGUCAUCGCCAUCCUGCUCUUUAAGAAGAAGCGGGCAUCACCUCUACCCAAAGAUGAGCACUCAGGUGGGGUGAAAGACUCCCUGCUGGCCAACUCCUCCGACCCUGUGGAGAUGAGAAGACUCAACUACCAGACUACAGGUCCCAGCUCUCAUCGCUGCCCCAACACUCCAAUUAACUUUGAACACAUGAGGCAAGUUCCCAACAAUCCGUUUAAGCGCAGAGCCUUGCCAAGUUCAGAGGCACAGGGGGAAUUUGUGUCGUCCAUUGAUCCUGGCCAGCAGUUCACCUGGGAGAAUUCCAACAUGGAGGUCAACAAGCCAAAGAAUCGCUAUGCAAAUGUCAUUGCCUAUGACCACUCCAGAGUGGUGCUCACCUCUGUGGACGCGGUUCCAGGCAGCGAUUACAUCAAUUCUAACUACAUUGACGGCUACAGAAAGCAGAAUGCCUACAUCGCCACUCAGGGGCCGCUGCCAGAGACUCUGAGCGACUUCUGGAGGAUGGUGUGGGAGCAAAGAUCCAACACCAUCGUCAUGAUGACCCGGCUGGAGGAGAAGUCACGGGUGAAGUGUGACCAGUACUGGCCAGCGCGAGGAACAGAGACCUACGGGAUGAUCCAGGUCACCAUGCUGGACACCGUGGAGUUGGCUACUUACAGCGUCCGAACUUUUGCCCUCUACAAGAACGGCUCCAGUGAGAAAAGAGAGGUGAGACAGUUCCAGUUCAUGGCCUGGCCAGACCACGGCGUGCCAGAGUACCCCACCCCCAUCCUGGCCUUCCUCCGGCGAGUAAAGGCAUGCAACCCUCCGGAUGCAGGACCCAUGGUGGUUCACUGCAGCGCGGGCGUGGGCAGGACUGGCUGCUUCAUUGUGAUCGAUGCCAUGCUGGAGCGCAUGAAGCACGAGAAGUCUGUAGAUAUCUACGGUCACGUGACAUGCAUGCGUGCCCAGAGGAACUACAUGGUCCAGACCGAGGACCAGUACAUCUUCAUCCACGAAGCCCUGCUGGAGGCAGCCACCUGCGGCAACACUGAGGUGCCGGCACGUAAUCUCUACGCCCACAUCCAGAAGCUCACCCAGCCCCCGCCCGGCGAGACGGUUACUGCCAUGGAGCUCGAGUUCAAGAGACUGGCAAACUCCAAAGCCCACACGUCACGCUUCAUCAGCGCCAACCUGCCCUGCAACAAGUUCAAGAACCGCCUGGUCAACAUCAUGCCUUUCGAGUCCACCCGCGUCUGCCUGCAGCCCAUCCGCGGCGUCGAGGGCUCCGACUACAUCAACGCCAGCUGCAUUGACGGCUACAGACAGCAGAAGGCCUACCUGGCCACGCAGGGCCCGCUGGCCGAGACCACUGAGGACUUCUGGAGGAUGCUGUGGGAGCACAACUCCACCAUCGUCGUCAUGCUCACUAAGCUACGGGAGAUGGGACGGGAGAAGUGCCAUCAAUACUGGCCGGCAGAGCGUUCAGCCAGGUACCAGUACUUUGUGGUGGAUCCGAUGGCGGAGUACAACAUGCCACAGUACAUCCUCAGAGAGUUCAAAGUCACAGACGCCAGGGAUGGCCAGUCCAGAACAAUCCGCCAAUUCCAGUUCAAUGACUGGCCCGAACAAGGAGUGCCAAAAACUGGAGAGGGCUUCAUCGACUUCAUCGGACAAGUGCACAAAACCAAGGAACAGUUCGGACAGGACGGACCAAUCACUGUACACUGCAGCGCCGGGGUGGGCAGGACCGGAGUCUUCAUCACUCUCAGCAUCGUGCUGGAGAGGAUGAGGUACGAAGGAGUGGUCGACCUCUUCCAGACAGUGAAGACACUUCGCACCCAGCGGCCGGCCAUGGUGCAGACCGAGGACCAGUACCAGCUGUGCUACAGGGCCGCGUUGGAGUACCUGGGGAGCUUUGACCACUAUGCAACAUAACCACUCCUACCGAGCAGCCUCCCUGGUCAAACCUCUCAGGAGUGUGCCAAGUGUCCCAUCUCAGCCACCAUCCACUCACUUGACCCCCCUCAACAACAAAAAAAAACCCACCCCUCGCAGCCAACAAGAGGGGAGGAGAAAGGGAUGCGCCUGCGGACCCUGCAACGGGUUCAACCAAUCACAGAGAUCCACACUGAUUUAACCAACCACGAGAUUUUUGCUUUAAAAGAUAAUAACAGAAACAUUACAAUGACUAUGACAAACAUGACAAUUCUUGUACAGAUGCGACGGCGCAGAGUGGCAGCUCGCCUCUCUGCUCCGUCGAAGCCAAACCUCCCUGAUUGUCAAAGGCUACUGGUAGCACUAAGAGAGCACUCUCUCUGUUUUUAUGUUAAUGUUAUUGUCAAUAUUAUGAUUCAUUAUGUUAUUGUUUAGUAUAUUUGUUCUUUUUAAUCAUCAUUUUAACAUCAGACAUUUCUUUUGUCUUAAACCGCCCAGCCUAGGGUGUGCAUUAUAUUCAUAAUCGGUACUUUUUUUAUUUUAGGGUACGUUAGCACAAGGGACAUGUAUUUUAAACACGUUCCUAGAUACUAAUACAGGAGGACCACCGUUCUCUGAGCUGCUUUCACGAUAUUUUCUUUUUGUUUCUUCAUAUUAUGUGUCAUAAACGUUGUUUUUGGUCUUAUUCAGUUCAAUAACCCAAACUUUUAUUUUUUGCCUUUUCACUUGCCAUCUCGACAAAAAAAAAAAAAAAAAUCAACUAUUACAAAUUGAUUUCAGAGCACACACUUGCUAGAGUUUGUCCUUCUGCAAACAUGGUAGCUAGUUAUAAAACAAACGAGUGGAUGAUCCGACAGGAGAGUAAAUCAGAGGUGUACAGAAAUGGAAAGCACAUGAUUUCUACGCGUUUCGUUUCAUCAGAAGCCUAUGGCAUUGAGGCCUUCAUACUCCACAGCGGAGAACUUACCUGAGGAAAACAGACUUUUAUAACCAAGGGUAGUUGACACAAAACAAACACAAAACUCCCUGAUCUCUGAAUAUUGUUGCUCUUCAAGUCCCUCCCAUCUCCUCGCUGCCCAUUCGCCUGGUGGCUUUUGCCGGAGCUGAACCACGCAGACCUGACGGAGCGGAUGUGGUUCACGCGGUCUGAGGAGUGGAGCCAUUAACGGCACCUGUACAGAAUCAACCAUUCCUGCCAGAGGGAGAGAGACUCAGCCCUUUGGACUGAAACCUGAUAUUAUUUUAUACAGAAAUAGAACUAUAAAUAUAUAUAUAAAUAUAUAUAAUUAUGAUUGAUUAUAUAUAUAUGUACAAUUACACAUAGAUAUAUACACAGCUUCAAAGGUAUAUUGUUAAAAAGGAUUAAUUCUGCUGAUCUACCAACCCUAGAGACCGCAGAGAGCCUGCUGUCCUAGAGUGUGUAUUCAUGGAAACACCGUUGUAUCUACUGUACUACCAUAGUAACUUCGACAGUCCGUUUGAACGAGGAAAAAACAGCACAACCCCCCACCCCACCCCACUCAUCAAAACGGACGAUUCCUCGCUCAGUGCGGGACCAACGCACCACUCAAGCACACGUCUUCUCCCACAAAGAGCCGCAGGAGGGGGAGGGAUCUGAUCCGAGAGGCCUAAACGGUGUGGUGGCGGUGGUGGUGGUGGAGGCGGUCGUGGGAGGGAGGGGGGACUUGAAAAACGCUGGAGAAAAACUAAAAAUGUUCAUUUUUACCUUGUGAAUGCUUAGUGCUGUAGGGGUUCGAUCUGUUGUACACACAGUCUGUUUUCUAUUUGUUAUAAAGAACUGGAAUUUAAAAACAAACUGUUGAUGAAAAAGAAAAAACAUUGAUGUUAAUAAAGUUAAAUAAUUGGGUUUUUGUACAAA